AUGGGCCUGGUGAUUAAUGUUGGCAUCGUCCAUUGCAGCGCAGUACAGCCAGAUCAUUUCCAAGAGUUAGCAAGCAUGUUUGGUGCAGGUCUCCAACAGAUUCUGCUUGGCCUGCCAGGCCUGUCGUCUUUCCAAGUUGACUCUGUGCAAUCCCCUCUUGGAGGCAGCAAUGUCAACCCGGGAAGCAACGUUCACGGAGCCGUGGCUUCAUCUUCGACUUGUUGCGAAGCUCUGGCUAAAUCGAUGGGCAAUGACGUUGUCGCCUUCCCCAACGGCCCGGCUUAUAAGUCCUCUAUCGGCUCAUACUUCAGCCUCAAAGAAGCCGACCUGAAGCCAGCAUGCGUCGUCAUGCCCGAGUCAGCCCACGACGUAUCGCUCGCGGUCCGCACACUCACGGCCGGUGCCGAAGCAUGGAACGGCAAAUGUCAAUUCGCUAUUCGUGGUGGCGGCCACACCCCCUUCAAGGGUGCCGCCAACAUGGAGAACGGCAUCGUCAUUGACCUCAAGAAUAUCCCCGCUGCCGGCAUCUGCGCCGACCACAAGACCAUCACCGUGAGUCCCAGCCAAACCUGGGACCAGGUCACGGAGCAGCUCGACCCCUUUGACCUGAGCACCCUCGGCGCCCGCGUCGCGGGUGUAGGUGUGGGCGGCGCUGUCCUUAACUGUGGAACCUCCUUCUUCUCCCCCCGCUACGGCUUCAUCUGUGAUGUGGUCGAGGAGUUUGAAGUCGUACUUGCAAACGGCGACAUUGUCCACGCCAGCGCGAGCCAGCACCCCGAUCUCUGGAAGGCCCUCCGCGGCGGAGGUAACAACUUUGGCGUCGUCACCGCAAUCACCAUGAAAACCUUCCCGCAAGGCAAGUUCUGGGGCGGUCAGACCUUCCACGACAUCUCCACGCGAAAGAAACACUUCAAGGCCCACGAGGCCCUCGCCUCGAUGCAUCCAUAUGAUCCCUACGUGCACUACAUCAACAACCUAGUCCUCAGCAAUGUCACACGAAGCUGGUUCAUUGGCAAUAGCCUGCAAUACACAAAGAGCGAUCCGCCCGUCAUCGAACCGGAGGUCUUCAAGCCCCUCCUCGCCAUCGAGCAGAAGCCCCUUUUCCCCGGUGGUCCCUCCAACACCAUCCGCGUCGACAACGUCACCUCCAUUUCGCGCGAGUACGCUGCACUCGCAUCCUACCCGAAGCGCUGGAUCUUUGCCACCGUCAGCUUUGCGCCCUCCGCUGACAUGAUGGAGGAGUUCUUCCAGCUCGCCGACGCAGCCUUCACUCCCCUCCUUGACCUCGACGGCUUUGCGGUCGCCAUGGCGUACCAGCCUGUUCCCAUCGUCAUGUCGGAACGCAACGGUGCCGUCGAUUCGUUGGGGCCCGUUCAGACGCAGGGAAAUCUUGUGUACAUCCACUUGGGCAUCUCCGUCGACGAGAAUGAGAGGGACAGUGACGAGGCCGUGGAGAAGACGGUACAAAAGCUAGUGGAGGAUGCUGAGGCGAAGGCCAAGAAGAUGGGUUUGCAUAGAAGCUAUCUUCAAGCGACAUACGCUGAGAGCUGGCAAAACCCCAUCGAGCACCGGAGUAAGAGCACUCUGGAAGAGCUACUUGCGACAAGCGAGAAGUAUGAUCCGCACCAGGUCUUUCAGAAGCAGGUUCCGGGUGGAUUCAAGUUGCCCAAGGUACCGAGUACCGGAGGUGGUGUCAGGGCCGAUCUCAAGUGA